AGUGUGGUGUACGAAGAAUCAGGCAUUAAUUUAGCUGGUAGCUAACUGGCCUAUGAGAGGAGAAGGGACAGAUUCCCUUAGGGACCACAGGUGGAACGGAGCUCAGGGGUCAGGCUCCUCUGGGCUCCUGAGCUUCUCUUUGUGAAUGGUCCUCCUGUUCAAACCCAGGCCGUGGAUCUCACUUUAAAGUGGGAUCCAGCAUCACUGCACGACCUGCUCAAGUUCUGUCUGCAGGAGUCAAGACACCAUCAGGAAUAUGUGCUCAUAAACUCCUGUCUUUAAAAGUUCAAAAAAUGCCGACUUUUAGGGAUGCGCUGGUGUUGGUGGCAUUGGUUUCCAUCUUGAGAUCGGUCCACUGUCAAAAACUGCCAAGUUUUGAUCUGCUGGAGGAGUUCCAUGUGCCUGAGUCAAGAGGAGUGAGGAGAGUGGAUGGGUCCCAACCUGAGGCAGUGGCCUACCGCGUCAACCCCUCCAUUCAUUUAAAGAGGGCCAUGAGUGACGUGUAUCCAGAUGGACUCCCCUCCGAAUACUCCAUCAUCGCAACAUUUAAAGUGCCCAAUGACACUGCUCAGACGUCCUGGGACCUGUGGCAAGUCAGUGACCCGAAGGGACGAGAACAAGCCGGCCUACGUUUCCAGCCUGAUGCACGGUCGUUAGACUUUUUCUAUACCGGUCCCCAGGGGACACAGAUGGUGAGAACUUUCCAUGGUUUACAAAAGUUGUUUAACGGAGAGUGGCACAAGCUGGCGCUGAGCGUGAAGGGCAGCCAGGUCAGGUUGCUGAUAGACUGCGAGGAGGUCAGAGUGGAGAGUAUCGAUGAGUCGAGGCCAGUCCUUCGGCGAGGUUACACGUCCAUCGUCAAACGAGCCGCAAGAGACCGCUCAACUUCUGUGGAUCUCCAGCAAAUGCAAGUGUCAUGUGAUCCGGAGCAGGCUUAUUCAGAGGGCUGCUGUGAGCUCUCCGGUGUGUGCGGGGGAUACGCAGAGAUCGGCCUCACAGCUGGAAGAGCGACUUGCAAAUGUAUGCAUGGACAACCAGGCCUUCAGGGCCCACCGGGGCCAAAGGGUCACGGAGGGCUUCCAGGAAAACCCGGAGACCAAGGAAGAGCGGGGAAAUGGGGAGUCCGAGGAAACACGGGAGACUACGGCAGCAUUGGGGAGACGGGACCAAAGGGUGAACCAGGAAUCAAAGGAGAAAAAGGGAUGAGAGGGCCUUGGGGACAAGGGGGAGAGAGAGGUCCGAAAGGGCUGAAAGGACUGAAAGGAGCUGCAGGCUUUAAGGGAAUUCGAGGACCUCCUGGAGACUUUGGAGAGACAGGGAAUCAAGGAGAAGUUGGCACAAAAGGCCUCCAAGGACAUCCAGGUAUUCCUGGGUUUCAAGGAGUGAAGGGCCAAAAAGGGAAUUCUGGAGCUACGGGGCGGGCUGGACCCAGAGGAAAGCAGGGGAUCGUAGGGGACCCUGGAGAAAGGGGAACUCCUGGAGAGAAGGGAAGGCCUGGUAUCCAAGGACCUGUGGGCAGAGCUGGAACCAUUGGACCAAAAGGUAUUGUUGGGGAUCCGGGUUCACCUGGCAGAGAUGGCGAUCCAGGAAUAGAGGCAUAUCAAGGACCUCAGGGUCUCGGCGGGAAACCUGGGCGUAGCGGCGGAAAGGGGGAGAAAGGCCCCCAUGGGCCAGCGGGAGAAAUGGGUCCCCAAGGCCGAACCGGCCUGAGAGGUUACAAAGGUUCGGCGGGAAAGCCAGGAAGACCUGGAUUUAUUGGUCCACCUGGACCUACUGGUCACGUGGGUGUACCCGGAAAACCAGGAGUCAAGGGCGACACAGGAAUCCAAGGAAUUAAAGGAGUUAAAGGUGCACAGGCGGAAAAAGGAACAAAGGGUCCAAAUGGAAGGGUUGGAGACAGAGGUGAGCCAGGUCCUCAGGGAGGUCGAGGGAAGCGCGGUCCUACAGGCCCGCCUGGUCGUUCGGGUCCUGUUGGAGUAAAGGGGAUCCGAGGUGAGGGAGGACCCGACGGCUUUCAGGGGCUCCCAGGACCUCCAGGCCCAACGCUCCCUGCUGAACAUGUGAUUGAGGUCUGCAAGAAAGUAGUCCUGGAGCAGAUGUCCACCUUCGCUAACUCCGUAAAGAGGACGUGUGCUGCGGUUUGCCCCCUCUACGGGAAUGUCCCCAUGGGUGCCCCUGGACCCCCCGGACAGAAAGGACCCCCGGGGCCUCCUGGGGACCCUGGUAUGGAUGGGGCUGCUGGGGAAACAGGCCUACCGGGAUUCUACGGAGAAGCCGGAGAGCCAGGUCGACAAGGAGAAUCAGGUGGCAGGGGAGAACGGGGUGAUAAAGGAGCCAAAGGUUACAGCAUACCAGGUUUCACUGGAGAACAGGGACCAAAAGGUCAGCGUGGACGUCCUGGCAGAGCCUUUAAUGGUCAGCCUGGGAAAGCGGGUGAAAGGGGCCGCGCAGGCCGGCCUGGCCUCGGGGGCCACCCAGGUCUCAGGGGACCCCCUGGUGUCUGUAUCACCUCUGGGUGUGCUGAGCAGAACUCCCCCAGUGGGACACGGCAGCCAGCACCACGGAGGCUGAGAAAUCGCUCCUAAAAGGAAAAAGAGGCUGUUUAGGAUUGUCGACUUUCUCCGAUAUUCAAAGCAGAAAGUUCUUAGUUUUUUUUUUUUUGUUAAUAUGUAAUUGUUUCAUUAUAUUUUACCUUUUCAUGUAAAUAUUCAAAUUAACUUGAACUGUAGUCUCAAAACAAUUGUUUCUAGAGAACAGCAACCGAUCGUUUGAAAGAACAAAAUACGAUGGCUUGAAAACAAGUCCUUAACUGAUUAAUUUUGAAGUUUAUAUAAAAUGAUUUACCCAUCUCUAACUAAUCUUUUAUCAAUUGCUUUUUUUUUUAAUUGAGAGUAUAAAAUAAUGUAUUUCAUGGUGUGUCAUUCCAAGGGUAACAGGUAAAUCAUGUUUGGAGAUGUGAAAUAAUUUAUACAAAUAUUACUAUAUGAUGUUUAACUCGAGUAAAUAAAAAUAGUAAAUAGGUAAACUGCUGACAGUCCUGUUUUUAGAAUAUAAUAUCAAUCUAAGGUCAACUACAUAAAACCUGAUUAAGAUUCAAAGCAUGGAUGAAGUACAAGCUAUCACAAUUGGGUUUAAAUCUAUGGACUCUUUUGAAUUUGCAAAAAAUAAAAAAAAGGCAGUGGGUUUGUCAGUGGAUGUGCUUUUUGAUGCUGUUUUACUUUUUUCCUUUCAUUAUUAGAAUUAAAUUUACGCAUUUAUAAAGACUUUCACAGAUAGCUUCAUCCCCAAAUGUGUUACUUGAUAAGCUGCAGAUAGUCAUCCCCAACCCCUUUUGUUGCUGUUACAUCACAACUGCCUUCCUUUAGCAGCCCACUUUUAUUCCACCAAAGUAGCCACCUCUGUCAUGGAAACUUUGACUAACUUAUAAUCCUGAAUUUGCUUUCUGGGCUCAACGACUUGCUUCAGACAAGCUCACUAUUUAUCUCUAUGGCAAACCAGAGAAGCUUAUGAUAAACUUGAUUUAAUUCAUACAAGUUGAUUGAAAAGUCCCUGUACAGUUGAGCCUUAAAUUAUUGGUGCUAAAUCAGACGUUAUUUGAGGUUUUAUGUCAUCCAUCCAGACGGUUAUUCAAACGUUUCAGAGCAAGUGCCAGACUGUGUUCAUGUAAGCUAGUGCAUGUAAAAAAAACACAGUAGUUUUGUUGAAGUGAAAGUGGGAGUGCUUUGAGGCUGCUACUGCAACUACAACUUUAGAUCUGUGUAUUUAGACCAACACAAGCUAGACCACAUUGCUAUGUAAACAUACAGGCAAAAUAAGAUUCUGCUGGGUGGAUAAAAUAUAUUAAACCAUAAAUCGUUUUUUCUGGUUUAAUUUGUAACUACAUGUUGUUCUUUUUUUUUUUUUGCACAAAUUGUAUCAUUGAGCCAUUUGAUUAAUCUUACCUUUCUGAAUAUCUACAUUCAUUUGCUGGUUUUCCAAACAAAACAAAAAAAACCCACAGGGUUUUUUGUUUUAUACACAACGAAAAGUAAAAUUUGCGAGUUCAGUUUUAGCUGGAAAAAUUGGUCUGCCGAUGAAGGGAAUAGAGGGCAAAAAAAACAAACUGGAAUGACAUUACUUUAGGAGUUUUUUUUAGGCCUAGAGGCAAUGUCAUGGGAUGAAUCAGAAGUUCAGCAUGGCCUCAUGACAGCUCAAAGGCAUACCUAAUGCAAAAUACAAGCAUACAACUUGGUGCCCUCUGUUGGAAGAACUUUGGAUAAAUAAUUGUAACUCUCUACAUGCUUAAUAAUCAGAGGGUGACACCCAGGGACAGUGCUAGCCAUUUGGGUGCCAUAAGCGCAAAUGCAAAACACAGAUCCUGGACAGACCUACACAAUGUACUACAUCCAAAAGUCUUUAUGAACGUGACAAAAAAGGUGGAUGUUGCUCCUAAACAGCAUUUAUAUCAGCGCAACCCCCCACCAGGAAGUAUUGUGGUGGCAAUGUCAUGCUGUGGGAACAAAGUUGGCACAGGCAACAAUCUGAUCAGCACAGAUGGAGCUAAAUGCAGGGCAAUACCCAGAAUAAGUUACUUUAUGAUAUGUGAUUAUGCCACUGGCUGCAUCAAAAACUGAUCUUUAGUUGAUACAGUGUAUUACAGUUUCAAGAAUUUCCAGAAGUGCCCAUAGUUUUCUGUGUUGUGUGUCUUUUUAUUUUGUUUGUUUUUUUGCUUUUUUUUUAACUCUUGGCGACAUAGCCAAAGCUUAUUGCUGAAGUACAAAAGUUUUUGUUGAUUUACCUGAAGGUGAAUAAAGUUUUGUUUUUAUAUACUGUAUCUAUAUUUAAAAAAAA